UACUAGUAUUAACUUGUAGUAUGGCAGAGUAGCAGUAAAGACUGUUAAAGCAGAGCAGGCGUGAGAAUCUAAUGGAAUGUAGAAACCCAAUUUUAAUAAAUACGGCUGUUUUUUCUGGUUGUGUUUCCCAUUUUCACCCACACCCCUGCAGCAGGUUGGUUGUGCUUUCUGCUUCUCUUUGGGUGCUGGCCUUUUAGUUUUAUUUUUCUUUCAUAGGAAUGGUUUCUUCCAGUGGCGUUCAUAGUGCUAAGCAUCAAAUUAACUUUGAAAGGAGAAACAACAAAACACUGGAUCUGGUUCCUACAGCUGUGGUUUUCUUGAUUAAGCGAUGUUUUAACAUCGAAGAAGAAAGAAGAGGUUUUUGUAUGAAAUUGGCCGGAAAGCUUCUAAGAGGGUUUCAGACAUUUUUAUCAUCCAAGUUCCUUAAGGAUGCGGAUGGUAAUUUUGUGGAUGCGGAGCUUCCUAAAAAAUAUGAAAGUUUGAUAUCGGCUGAAGAAUGGGAAGCUUUCAAAUCCAAAAGACAAGACCCGGUUUUUCAAAGAAUAAGUGCUACAAAUCGGGAAAGAGCAUCAAGUCCCGCAUAUCCGUACCGAAAAGGACGUGUCGGAUAUGGACGCUUAGAACAAUCCAUGAAAUCCCUCUUUCACUCUCUCUCGUUCGAAGCUCUCGCUGCCCUGGAAAACAUUCCACAGAGUACCUGGAAAUCUCAACGAUAAACACUGCAAAUUUGAAAGAGACUGCAUUCGAAAGAGAAGGAUUCAAUACCUGGAAAUCUCAUUGCGUUUUAAGGUUAAAUGGCUAGUGAUCAAGAAAACUCACAAGAUGCAAAUGCUCCUGAUGAUACUUCAGAAAAAGAAAUUACACGAGGCAUCACUAUUAUGAAGAGUAUCAUUCGUGAUAGAGAUAAAGCAGUAACAUAUAAUGUAAAUUGGAAUGCUGAUAACCAACUAAUUGGGUCUAAUGCUGCAAAGUUGGCAAGCUACAUUGGUACACUUGUUCGUAUGCACAUUCCAAUCACUGCUACAAGAUGGAGUAAUAAAGAGUUGGGUAGCGCUAAAGAUAAGAUUUGGACUGAGAUACUGAGGUCUUUUAACAUUGAAGAUACAACUAUCCGAAAAAAGUAUAUACUUCAAUUGGCCGGAAAAAGACACAGAGGGUGGAGAACGUUUUUAACAAACAAGUAUCUUAAGGACAAAGAAAUUUUUUUUGUUGAAUAUGAUCCGGAAUAUCCAGUGAAGUAUGCGAUCUUCAUUACAGAAGAAGAAUGGGUUGCUUUUGUAGCCCAAAGAAGAGACGAAAAUUUCAAGAAAGUGAGUGCCACAAAUCGCGAGAGAGCGUCAAAUCCCACGUAUGCAUACAAAAAAGGGCGUUUGGGAUAUGCACGCUUAGAGGAAAAAAUUUUAGACGAGACGAAAAGUGACGCAACAUCCCUUCCGCCACAUGUUUUGUGGAAAGAAGCUCGUGUGGGAAAGGAUGGAACUGUUAGGGAUGACGUUCAACAUAUUUAUGAUGAAUGUGAGACCCUAUCUCAAUCGAUAAGCACAGCUGAGGACCAGGAGAACAGGAGCGUACUUAGUAGAGCACUAAAUGUUCCUGAGUAUCCCGGUCGGGUGAGGGGUAAAGGGCAUGGUUGUACUCCAACUUCCUUGUAUAAGAAUCCAAGGAGAAGAAAUCCUAGCAAUCAAGAAGUGAUGGAGACGUUGCAGGCAUUACAAGCGCAAGUUCUUCAAUUGCAAAAGGAUAAUGAGAGAUAUAUGUGUAUGGAAAAGUGCAGUUCACAGUUGAAAGAAACUAGUGAGAAAGCCAGUAUCAAUUGUCAAAAUAAAUUUCCCGAGGGCAUUUCAUCUUGUCAGCUAUACUUAUCGUCACCGACUUAUCGCCUAGUUGGCAAGGGAAAAGUGCACAACACUUCGGGAGAUUUACUUCACCAUAGACCGCUCCCGGAUGGACACCUUAAAGUAUCGGUUGAUGUUGUAUUAGAUAAGGAUGCGUUGCUACCGAUACCUGACAUUGUUUCAGAGACAACAUUGCUGCGAGAUGCAAUAGGAUCAUUUGUUGCAUGGCCCUUGGAUCUCAUUUUCAUUGAUGAUGAGACGCCUACAAAACCCGCAUCUAAGGAUAAAGGGAUUUUGCGGCACAACGAGUCUGUUGCAUCACAAAAAGAGGUAUUUGCUCAAGGGUCACAACAACUGAGCCAGAAAAUUGGUAGUCGACAGAAAAACAAAAGGGAUCUUCCAGUGACUUAUUUGCCAAAAAAAGGUGCUUUUGUGCCUCGAUACCAGAUAUCUCUUGAAACACUUGUUGACUCAUCAGAUAUGGCAACAGCUGGUGCUAUUCGCUUACUGGAUAUGGAGGAAGAUAUCUUUGGUUAUUCAUGCACUGAAACAAUCGGAAAAGAAGAUCUGGAACAUAUUUUUCGGCAUCAAGAAUUAGGCGUCGGUGUUAUACACACAUACAUCCGGUUCUUGUAUGACAAUUUCAUGCGCGGGAAUGAUCAAUUGUCAAACAGAUUCCGUUUCGUGUCUUCCUCCCUGGUCAACAAAGCAUUAAUUUGUAGGGAACCGGAUUCAUGUAGAGAGUACUUAGUCAAGAGAUUCAUGGCCAGCAGUACAAACAACUUGUAUCUUUGGCCGUAUAAUUCAGGGUGUCACUGGUUGUUGCUUGCUAUUGAUCCUUUAAAAGAAGUGGUAUAUUUUCUGAAUUCGAUAGAUGGUGAAUGGACAAAUUAUCCGGAUAUGAAGCAAUUAGUUGAUACAUCAAUAAAAGUGUUCCGAUCUCAAAGACAAGCUCGAGUACCACGUACUAAAUCCAGCAACAUUACGUGGAUAAAAGUGCAGUGUCCUCUACAGCGCAACGGUAUCGAUUGCGGAUACUUUGUAAUGAGGUUUAUGAGGGAAAUCAUUAAUAUGAAUCAAAUAGAGAUUCCAAUCACGUACUUUGAUGAAUACAAGUGUGCUCAUUACACGAGACUGCAGUUGGAACAAAUCAAGGAGGAAUUGUGUCAAUAUUUUAUUGAGAAAAGAUUAAUUAGUAUAUAAUGAUUUCAAAAUAACAUGAAUACUUUGAUGAAGAAUGGUUUCUGGUUGGCAAGUGUAUAGUUCUUUAUAUUUUUAACAGAUUAGUUAUGACUCCAAAUAGGCCGUAUAACAUAUUAGUUUUGACUUGUGUAUAGUUCUUUAUAAUUUUAGUGAUAUCUUUAAUUUCAUGGAUA